CGGCGUCAGCGGCGGCCCGCGCGGUGGGAGCCGAGGCGCUGGAGCAAGAUGGCGGUGCGAGUGCUGCGCGCCGGCAGAGCGGCCUCGGCCGGCAGCUUUCUGCGGCGGGCCGGCCCCUGCAGCCUCCAGCCCGGGCUCUGGAAAUUGGCGUCUUCCAAUAACAGACCUCGAGAGGACAGCUGGUUAAAAUCCUUAUUUGUCCGGAAAGUUGAUCCAAGGAAAGAUGCUCACUCUAAUCUCCUAGCCAAAAAGGAAACAAGCAGUCUGUACAAAUUACAGUUUCACAAUGUUAAACCGGAAUGCCUUGAAGCAUACAACAAAAUUUGUCAAGAGGUGUUGCCAAAGAUUCAUGAAGAUAAACAUUACCCUUGUACUUUGGUGGGGACUUGGAACACGUGGUAUGGCGAGCAGGAUCAAGCUGUUCACCUCUGGAGGUAUGAAGGAGGUUAUCCAGUCCUCACGGAGGUCAUGAAUAAACUCAAAGAAAAUCAGGUAAUGAUUUUUGAAAAAGACUAAUGAUACAGUAGGUGU